GAGACAGGAGGCGACGCUGAGUCAGACUGACGGAUCAGCUUGCAUUAGCAGCAGCCCCGAGCGGCCACUGCUAGCCCUCUCUAUCCCCACACCCACUCUCUCUGUGCGUGUAUGAAUCCAGCUUAGCCCCAAACUCAGUGUUGACCUGACCACCUGUUGACAGCGGCGUCUCGUUAAAGUCUCGUCGACUUUGGGGGGAGCUUUUUUUAAAAAGAAUUUCGUUACAAUAUCUCUGGCCGCGUUCCGUCCGAUUCCAUUUCAACAAUCCUCCCAGAGUUCACCGAGAGAACACGGAGCUUGUACCCAAUUGUGGAACAGCAGUCGGCCUACAGUCUUGCUGGAGAUUCCCCCGGCAAUGCAAGCUGCCACAUGGAGUAGCCUCGGAGAACAACACGCUUCGCCCCUGAGCCCCGGCUUCAGCUCCUGGAAAUCGGCCGCCCUUCCUAAGAAUUUGGGGAUAGCCCCGAGCGGCAGCAGUGCUUUCAGCCCUUCCUUGAACGCCAGCUCCAACUUCUCCGCCAGCAAUAAGUAUGUCUUGCUCAACAGCCCGGGUUUGAAGUCACAGGAUUGCGUCCAGUACAAACCCCAAGUCCACUCGACGGUCGAAUACUUUGCAAACUCCGUGCACCCCCGGGUCGACAUGGCUCACUAUCACGAUUCUUGGUUCCGACCCCCUCCCCAGGGAGGGGCAGCCGAGGACGGGGGUCUCUCGGCCACCUGGUGGGAUCUACACGCCGGCUCCAACUGGAUGGACCUUCAGAGCAGUCAGCCGACGCUUCCAAACUCCCCCCACCCAGGCUCCCUGCAGCCCCCUUUAGGGGGUUACGGGUCUGACCAUCAAAUCUGCGGCCCCCCGACCCACCUGCUCCAGUCGGGCCCGGUCAUGAUCAACCAGGACGGCUAUAAGCAGACGGAGCCCAUCCAGGAGCCGCUGCUGCUGAACCAGAGCUUGGAAGGUGCUGGGAGAGCGAAGAGUUCCAGGCGCUCGCUGUCCCGGAGCUCGGCGCAGGGGAACUGCCGCUGCCCGAACUGCUUGGAGGCGGAGAGACUGGGCUCCGCCACGGACGGGAGCAGCAAGAAGAAGGUGCUCCAUAACUGCCACAUCCCGGGCUGCGGGAAAGCCUACGUGAAAACCUCACACCUGAAGGCGCACUUGCGCUGGCACAGCGGCGACCGGCCGUUCGUCUGCAACUGGCUGUUCUGCGGCAAACGCUUCACCCGCUCGGACGAGCUGCAGAGGCACCUGCAGACCCACACGGGCUCCAAGAGGUUCUUCUGCCCCAUCUGUAACCGGGUCUUCAUGCGGACCGACCACCUCACCAAGCACUUGAAAACGCACGGGGAGAGCGGGCAGCUCCCCCCGGGCAAGGAGAGCGCCGGGGAGGCCAGCAAGUGCACCUCGCUGCCGGCUCAGUCCCAGUCUCCAGGGGACAGCCAGAGAGACUGUCAGGCCAAGGGGAUCGGCGAUGGGAUCCCGGCAACUGAGCGACAGCAAAAUUAAAGACUUGUGGAAAAGAAAUUUCGUGUGAAUUAGUUGCACUUGUGAACUGCUGUAUCUAGUACCAGAGUGAGGUUUUGAAGGAAAUCUAAAAAGGUUCCACUGAUCCCCAUGCUCUUACAUUAGAAAAGGGACUUUCUGUUUUGAAAAGAGACGGAGAAGAUCAAUUUUCUGCUCCUCAGGGGAAAAGAAACUUACAGGAUAAUUGGGCCCAGCCUCGGUCCCGAAAUAUCUUCCUCCCUUCACAAAGCUGUGCAGUAAUCUCUGUCUCACCCACUCGCUGAAUGUCUCUCCUCAUUCUCUUCAUUACAACUUCACUGAUCUCCCCAACCACAGGGAAUGGUCCUUUCUUAUUCACUCCAUUGAGAUAAUUUGUAAUUUUCAUUUUAUACUUGGUAAUUUCCUUUCAUAUUAAAAAAUAACCUGGAGGCUGGUUCAAUUGCAACAUUUUAAAGGCAUUUGGAUGAGUAUAUGAAUAGGAAGGGUU